GCUAAGUUAAUAACUACACUUUCGUUCCUCGCUGACACACCAAUAUAUAAAUGAUGAAAAUAUAUUGAUUAGUUUAGUUUGUGCCAAGUUUUCAAUUAGGACUGCAAAAAAACAGGUUUAAAAUGAAACUAGCUGUCGUGUUGUAUCUUUUUGUCGUGUGUGGAUAUGUGGCAGCAUCAAAAGACGAAUGCUUGUUCAACAACUUCAAGGUGCUAUUCUCCCGACCUAAACAGCAAUUCGUCUAUGAUAUAAUGGACAUGACAAAAGGCAAAGACGGUUCCAAUGCUCGCAGCAAGGCGUUGCAGAUUGACGGUCAUGGAGAUAAUGUGUUAGAUGACUGGAACAAUUGCAAAAAAUGUCCGGUGGCACCAUGCCGUGCUCCAUUCCUGACCAAAAUCACAGCUGGUAGCAAUGACAUGACCAGAAUGCUCAAUGAAUUUGUCACGAUUGUUAAAAAAGAACAGGAUGAGAAAAUGUUUAAGAGAGCUAAGAAGGUAGUGGAUCAGGCUCUGGAAGACAACAAGAAGGCAUUAAAUUGUUGAUGAUUUGUAUAAUAAUGUUUCUUUUUAAAUACAUGCACUAAAUAUAGCCAAUCUUGAUUGCACAA